AUGGAAGAGCUGCAGAGGGCCCCGGACCUCAGGAAGACAGCGAUGUGCAAACUCUACGUGAGCACGGGUCACUGCGAUCAGGAGGGCUGCAGCUUCGCCCACAGCCUCGAUGAGCUGCGGGCAACAGACAAGUUCCACAAGACCACGAUGUGCUGCUUCCACUACUACGGCAGCUGCAAGCUGGGGGAGCUCUGUCGACAUGCGCACUCCAAGGAAGAGCUCAGGAGCCUUCCUGAGCUUCCUGGUCUCCCCGAGAGCCUUGCAAACGCCUUGCUCGCGGAGAGCAAUGGCGGUGCUAUGAAGGGCCUGGACAUGCGCGCCCCGAGAAUCCCGGGGCCACAGCCCACCGAAGACCUGGAAGCUCAGCAGUCGCAGGAGAGGUAG